GAAUGGCAGACGGGACGCCGUUUGAUUCAAUUUUGGCGCCGUCAAGAGGGCACGACGAUCAUGACCUACUGCAAAGCGAUCCACCCGCACGAGUACAAGUCGAGCUCGAUAGUGGUGUCCUGCAUCUUCCGCGCGGACAACAACAAGUGCUACAUUACGAGCGUCGACACCAUCUACCUCCUCGAAGCUUUGGUCGGUACCAAGUUCACCGUCGAAGAGAAGAACCGCAUUCGUCGAAACUUGGAGGGUUUCCGUCCUCAGACAAUCUCAAAGAGCACGCGGAACAAGGAGGAGAGCAUCGCCUUCUUCCAGCUCAUCAUGUCGUUCCCGAACCCCAAACCUCGCAAUAUUGAGAAGGAUGUCAAGGUGUUCGCCUGGGACCAGCUCGCCAACAUGUUGAAGAAGAUCAUAAGCAAGUACUCGGCAUGU